AUGACCCCCCUCACUCUCCGCCUGGCCGUUGUGAUUGGCAUUGUCGCCUACUUCAGAGAAGUUCUCACUCACCCUGUUCCGCGUGAGCAGUCCCAACGUCGUCUCCUUCCCUCUGGCCCCACUACUGACACUUACGACUAUGUCAUCGUUGGUGGUGGUACUUCGGGCAUGACCCUUGCUGGCCGUCUCUCGGAGAACAAAGGCGUCACUGUUGCUGUUCUCGAAGCUGGUAUCGACUACCGCUCCAACCUCGUCAAUCAACAGCUCGUCGACACUCCCGGCUAUGACACGUUCGGUGUUGGAUCUUCCCCUUCCGACUGGGUAAAUGGGAACAUCGAUUGGGGCUUCGUAACCGAGGGAGAACCAGGCUAUGACAGCCGCAAAGUCAAGUACGCGCGUGGAAAAUGCAUCGGCGGUUCCUCUGCUCGUAACUUCAUGCUCUACCAUCGCCCUCCCAAACAGGCUCAACAAACAUGGGUCCAGUUGACCGGCGACGACCAAUGGUCGUUCGACAAUGUCCUUCCCUACUACCAGAAGACGUUUACUGACUUCGGCCCCCGACACGAAUUCCGUAAAGACGAUCCUCCCGCACAGUACAACCCUGCUGCGUUCCCCGGAAACGGCCCGGUUAGCAUUGGAUUCCCCAACUACGCUCAACCAUUUUCUGGGCCCUUGCUGAACAGUCUCAAUGAGGUCGGUGUGCCCACCACGACCGAUAUGAGUUCCGGUAACAUCCUCGGAGCUCAGUACUCCACCCUCACCAUCGAGGCUAGCAAUGGAAAACGAGCUACUUCGCGCUCCUUCUACCAACAGGCACUCGACCAAAAGCGCACCAACCUCAAAGUGAUCUUCGAGGCUCUCGCAAAGAAGGUGGUCUUCGACACUUCUGGUCGCAGACCUAAAGCUGUCGCUGUAGACUACACUUUGCCUUUUGGUGUGAAGAAGACUAUCAAGGCGAGGAAGGAAAUUAUCAUCAGCGCUGGUGCUUUCCAGUCCCCCCAACUGCUGAUGGUGUCGGGUAUUGGACCUGCUGAUCAGCUUAAGGCGGAAAAUAUCCCUGUGUUGGUGGAGAAUGCUAACGUGGGACAGCACAUGCAAGAUCACGUAUUCUUCGGUCCAACAUACACCGUUAACGUUGACACUCCCACUAAAGAAGCCAACGACCCCGUGUUCCUCGCUUCCUCCAUUGCCGCAUUCAACCUCCAAAAUCAAGGUAUUUUCACCAACAACGUCGCCGAUCUCAUCGGUUUCGAGAAGUGGAACAACACCUACCUGGACUCGAUCCAAGCUUCUUCCCUAAAGCAAAACCCAAGUGACUGGCCUGAGAUCGAAUACCUUUCUGGUCCUGGCUACAUUGGUGAUUUCUCCAACCUCGUCGUGAACAACAUCGUUAACGGUCUCACUCUUCAACAGUUCGCAUCGCUCCUCGUGGCCAUCGUCGCUCCUGUCUCGGAGGGUUCAGUUACACUCAAGUCUGCCGACACUGCUGAUCUUCCAGCUAUCCGACCUAACUGGCUCGGCGAUCCCAUCGACCAGAAGGUGGCUAUCGCUGCAUUCAAGCGCACACGUCAAGUCUUCGCUGCUAACGCAAUGAAGUCUACCCGUACAAGCGAGAAGGAAACAUUCCCCGGAUUCGAAGUUGCCACUGAUGACCAGAUCCUGGCUAGCAUCAGGAAGAAUCUUAUGACUGUCUGGCACGCAGCAAGUACCUGCAGAAUGGCAGAGACCGACAGGACCGGUGUACUGGACAGCAACUUCAAGGUGUUCGGUGUUGAUGCAUUGAGGGUAGUAGACGCCAGUGCAUUCCCAAGGCUGUUGCCUGGACAUCCACAGGCGGUUUGUUAUAUGAUUGCUGAGAGGGCUGCGGAUAUUAUUGCUGCUGCUAACAAGUAG